GCAAGAUGGCGCAGGCAAUAUUUGAAGUGCUUGAAGGGAUGGACAACCAGACUGUGUUGGCGGUCCAGUCACUGCUGGACGGCCAAGGCGGAGUUCCCGACCCAAACAACCAAAACGUCUCAGGGACGCCCACCAUCCAGUCUAUGGACGACGAGGAUGUGUUCUUGUGCGGGAAGUGUAAGAAACAGUUCAACUCUCUGACAGCCUUCAUGACACACAAGAGGGAGCAGUGCCAGUCUAGCGCCCCCUCCCUGUCCACAGUGUCCUUGGCCUCCACCAACGCCUACACGUCCGUCCCCUCAAUCAGCUCCGGACCACAGACCCCUCCCAACAGACAGAUUUCCACCUACAUCACAGUCCCUCCCUCCCCUCUAACACACACCCUGGUCCAAGGCAACGUGUUGGUCAGUGAUGACGUUCUCAUGUCAGCCAUCUCAGCCUUCACCUCCAUCGACCAGCCCAUGGCCGCCAUGCAGUCGCCUAUACAGAGUAACCUGAGCAUGCACGCAGCUGGAGUAUCUUACCUUCAGCACCAUCACCACCACCAUCAUCAUCAUCACCAGCAGCAGCAACAACAGCCUCAGUCCUCCCACCCGCUCCCCCCCGGUCAAACACCGGCCGGCCAGCCCGCCCAGCAGCCGCUCUCGUCUCAAGUUGCGGCGAGCCACAGCAACUCAGUGGUCCAGGUGUACAGCACACUGCCUCACAUGGCCGGAGUUGGUGGUGCAGAGAUCCACACCCUGGGUCUGCAGCCUUUCCAUCCUGUGCAUGUGCCCAGUCAGUGUGUAGAGAGUCAGUCGUUCACCACCCCUCCCGUCUACAGCCCCGGGAAACAGUGCACCAAAACCAAGACGUGCAGCAUCACCAGCAACCUGACGGAGCUGGGCGGCUUUGAAAAGGUCAUCAUCCCCAAACGUCCCAGGUGCAGCAAGAAGAGCCCCGACAGAGAAACAGCAGAUCAGCUAAAGGGAAAGGGUCCGAAGUUGAAGUGUAACUUCUGUGACAAAGUCUUCUCGAAAAACUUUGAUCUUCAGCAGCACAUCAGAAGCCACACCGGAGAGAAACCCUUCCAGUGCAUCGUCUGCGGCCGAGCCUUCGCCCAAAAGUCGAACGUGAAGAAACACAUGCAGACACACAAGGUGUGGCCUCAUGGCGUGGCCAGCACGGUGUCCAGGUUACCCGUCACGGUGAAGGUGGUGCCGGUGUUGUCCAGUGAGGUGGAGAGGGGCGGGGAGCAGCCGCGAGGGGAGCAGGAGGAGGAGGGGCCUCAGCAACCGACGCCGUGUCAGACACAAGCAGAGGAAGAGGCGGAACAAACAGAAGCUCCAGCGGAUCUGGAGGAGAGUGGUCCUGAGGCCGAUCCGGAAGGCUGCCUGGGGGGGGCGGCGCGGAACGGGCACACUCAGGCUCAGAUGCAUUCCCAGUGUGACCAGAUCCAGCAGUGCCCGGCUCAGACCAAACAGAUCGUGGUGAUUGACAGCUCCUACCAGUGCCAGUUCUGCGGCAGCAAGUUCAAGACCUACUUCCAGCUCAAGUCCCACCUGACCCUGCACAAGGGGGAGCAGGUUUACAGGUGCGUGUUAAAGUCCUGCUCGCAGACUUUCCAGAAGCUGGAUCAUUUCUUGGAGCACAUCAGAUCGCACCAGGAGCAGCUGACCUACCGCUGCCACCUCUGCACCAAAGUGUUCCCCUCGCUGUUUGAACUGGGGGUCCACCAGUACUCCCACUGCUUCUGCCCCCAGCAGAACACACACAAAGAACCCACCAUCUACAGGUGUGUGAAGUGUCAAAGCAGAUAUUCUACCCAGGAGGCACUGGAACAACAUCUAAUGACCGCCUCACACAGCUUCCCCUGCCCACACUGUCAGAAGGUGUUUCCGUGUGAGAGAUACUUCCGACGCCACCUCCCCACUCAUGGCGCUGGCGGGAGGUUCAAGUGUCAGAUCUGUAAAAAGGCCUUCAAGACGGAGCACUACCUCAAACUCCACACUCGUAUUCACUCAGGUGAGAAGCCGUACAAGUGCUCCCUCUGUGAGGCCACGUUCAACAGGAAGGACAAAGUGAAGCGACACAUGCUCAUCCACGAACCUUUCAAGAAAUACAAGUGUCCCUUCAGAACACAUGUUGGCUGCACCAAAGAAUUCAACAGACCAGACAAACUCAAAGCUCAUAUUCUGUCACACUCUGGUAUCAAACCCUACAAGUGUCUCUUCUGCCAGAAGGCGUUCAGCCGCCGGGCUCACAUGCUGGAGCACCAGCAGUCCCACACAGACAACUACCGCUUCAGAUGCUCCACCUGCAACAAGGGAUUCACCAGGCACAGCUAUUACAGGGAUCACAAAUGUCCGGCGGCGGGGAAUGGGACAGGAAGCGAAGGAGGGGCCGGAGAGGCAGAGGAAGGCGGAGUGUCGAUGGAAGAGGAGAAGGACGAGGAGGAUGAUGGGAGGUGUAGUGGGUUCCUAACAGAUGAGGAGGGGCCAGGCGAUGAGGACGACGACGACUAUGAUGACGAUGACGACGAAGAAGAUGAAAGCCUAAAGGACAGCGACGAGCAGCUGGAAAGACACGAUGAGGAGGAGGAGGAAGAGGAGGAUGAUGAUGAUGAGGAGAGGAGUGACGAGGGCUGUCAGGCUGCCAUGUCUCUCACCACCAUCGAAGCACAGACAGAGAGAGAAGAGGAGGAGGAAGAGGACGGAAUGGAACAUGGCAGCGAUGCACUGCAGCAGAUUCAGAGCAAUGGACAGAACGGUUUGCAGCAGCCAUGUUUGUAGUUUGAAGAAUCGUCUUCAAAAGUUUCCUGGACACAGACCAUUUAACAAACAGAGUUCUACGUUAUUUAAUAUAAAAUCUGAGUCUGGGAAAAGAUUUGUUUUAAAUUAAAACGCUAUAUUUAAAUUGUAUGCACAAAUUUUACUUAUUUUAUGUUAACGUAUGGAAUAUGUUACCUUGUAUAUCUGUAUUGCCAAGACAACCAGUGGACCAUGUCUAUGUUCUUUUGCACCAAAGUGGACGUUCUCUACUUUUAUGAAGCAAAAAUUAAAUUAUUCAAGUUCA